AUGAUUAAAGUGUUUUCGAGCAGCAGCGAUAGCAGUUCUUCUCGGGGAGAAGAUGGAGGAGAAAAGAAAGCGGAAGAUAUCCCUCCGGAAGAUUACGCCAUCGUGGUGGAACUUUUGGAUUGCGAAACGGGUGACGAGAUUCAAGAAAAAGCAGAUUUGAUGGCAAAGAACGGGUUAAUCACAGCCGGGGUGGUGGAAGCGGCGAGAGUUAUACUAGACGGGAACAUUCAGCAAGGCCAAGACGAGGAGAUUAUUUUGAUUUUACGAGCGAUAUACGACGUGCUUUUGAAAGAGUUGCAAAAAAUUCGAGCGCCGUACGCGAAGAAGGUGCUCGAAUUCGCGCAGGAAGUCAUGGGGAUGUUCACGGCGGAGGAUUUGGAAUGCAACAAUGAAAUGGCGUUAUCGAAAGUGAGGUUGGUGUUGCAAGAGGAAUUCGAUAAGGACGAAGAGAUUGGCGUGACAAGAGAAGCGUUGGAGAAAUAUCUAGGCGACGUGUUGCCGGUGAUGGACAUGCAAGACGACCGAUUGAAAGAACAGCUCGCCGCGUGCGAGGAUCCGAAAGUACAAGUCCAAAUGGUUGCGCAGAUGAUGCAACGGACGAAAGAGAGAAUGCAAAUCGACCAUUUAAGAGAAGUUGCGAGAACAUUUAGAAGCGAAUGA